CUCGGCAGCUGAAAACUUCCCGCCAAGUGGAAUCGCGCGGGUAGAAGCGACCGGAAGGGAAAACGCUGAGGGGACAGGGAGUCCGCACAUUUGUGUCCCAACGGUUCGUUCUCAAAAUGCCUGGCAGAGGAGCAGCGGGAGCAGCAGCAGAGGACAAGAUGAAGCCACAUAUUAUAGUUAAAUCCUCAUCUACAAACUCCUCCAAGAAGAUGGUACAAGCUCGAUUGCCCUUCAAACGUCUAAAUCCUGUGCCAAAGGAUGGAAUUUUAACGGAAAAUCUGAAAAUGUCCCAUAAAGUUCCCCAUGUUAAUACUAUAUGUCCACUUGAUACUUCUCUUGAGGACAUGGAAAAUGGCUCUGAAACUGCUGAAUUUGUUCCGCUCCCUAAAGCUGUUAAUGGCAUUGGUCCUUUAGACAAUUACAUCAGAAAAACUAAAAAAACUUACCUUGUGACUCCUAGUAUCACUAUUGACUUGACAGAAGAUUCAAAUGGUGGUGUUUCAGAUCAGAUCCCAUGUAAUGGAAUUGUUCAGUCCUUACCAACAGCAGGAUCUCUUUCAGUCUGUAGCACACUGAAUUCUGUGACAUCAACAGAAAAUAUUACAGCUUGUGAUGACAGUUCAUGUGUCAAUAGCACUGAACAUAGUUGCACAGUGUCUGAGUCACAAAUAACUGAUGUACAGAGAUUGUCCCCUCACUCUGAGGUGCCAUCAGAGAUGGAACAUGAAAAGACUACAUUACUAACCUCUCCAGUAAAAGCAGUUACAGAAGACAAAGACAUGUCUGCAGAAGAAAGUCCCACUCGGUUUUCUUCCACUAGCUCUCCGGUUUCAGUCAGCUCCCCUGAAGUUCCACCCAGCAAUUGCAGAGAUGCAAAUAACAGUGAAUCUCCAACACUUCUUAAUAAGAGCAAAGAACAGCAAGAAAAGAAACAUAUUUCAGAGGCUGUAAAAGAGAGAGUCAGAAUAAAGGAAGAAGAAAAGCUUGCUAAGGAAGAAGUUAGGAAAAAGAAGAAAGAAGAGAGAGAGUUGAAAGCAAAAGAGCGGAAAGUGAAAAAAGAAAAGGAGAACAAGGAAAAAGCUGAAAAGCUUCGACUAAAAGAGGAAAAGAAAAAAGAGAAGCUUGAAGCUAUGGAAGCCAAACAAGAAGAAAAACGUAAAAAGGAGGAAGAGAAGCGUAUUAAGGUAGAAGAAAAGCGCAUUAAAGCAGAAAAAGCAGAAAUUACAAGGUUUUUACAGAAACCUAAAACAUCACAAACUCCAAAGAUUUUUGCUCAACCAUGUGGGAAGUUUGCACCCUUUGAAAUAAAGAAGAGCAUGGCUGUUGCUCCUUUGUGUCGAGUUGAAUUUGAACAGGAAAGUUCAGAGCACUUAGAUAAGCUUCUGGAAGAGCAAAAUUGUGAAGCAUUAUUCUUAUCAGAAAUAAAAGCUAGGAAACCACGAAGGAUGGGACAGACUAUGCUGCCUCAAAUGCCAGAUUUAACCUGUGACACUGAGGAAGUACAAAUGCUAGAGAACACAGAUGAAGACUUACAUGAAAAUAUGAUUGUUGAGAAGCAGAAUUUGCUGGACUGUAGAAAACUUGGUAAAAUGAAGUUAUUGCAGUUCUCUGAAAAUUAUCGCCCAGCAUACUGGGGCACGUGGAACAGUUCAAGUGCGAUAAUCAAUCCACGAAAGCCAUGGGCUCAGGACACAAAGCUAUUGGACUAUGAAGUAGACAGUGACGAGGAGUGGGAAGAGGAAGAACCUGGAGAAUCUUUAUCCCAUAGUGAGGGGGAUGAUGAAGAUGAUGAUACAAAGGAAGAUGAUGAUGAAGAUGAUGAUGGAUUCUUUGUACCCCAUGGUUACCUAUCAGAGGAUGAAGGGGGAGUAUCUGAUGAGGAGUGCAAAAAUCCAGAAAAUCAGAAGGUGCAACAAAGACUAAAAGCAAAGGAGUGGGAUGAGCUACAGUCCAAAGGGAAGAAAAUUAAUGUUCUAAAACCAAUAGUGAUUGGAUGUGUUUGGUUCAGCAGCUGUUCUGCAGAAAUUAAGUUCCUUCAGAAGUUUGCUGCAUGUGUAAUAGAUCCUGCUGGUGGCGAGGAGAACAUGUUGCAGGAAGUUUACUCCAGCAAGUGCUUUCAAGACAGAGAAAUUCUUAUACAUCUUUUACCGUUGCUACAUGGAAAUGUUCAUGGAAGUAAAGCAAUUAUUAAGGAGUUCCAAGAGUGCUUCCAACGUGGCAUGUUCUCUUUCAGUGACUCUAGAAACCCAUCAGCUUGUGAAACUGUAAGCCCGAAAUCACGAAAUCAAACAAACAUUAAUAUACCUUCAAAAGCGCGAUUGAAGCGCAUCAUUUCUGAGAAUUCGGUGUACGAGAAACGUCCAGACCAUCGUCUCUGUUGGUAUGUGCACUCUGAUGUUUUAAAAAGCUUCCAGCAGGAAGACCUUCCAGUGCCAUGCCAAUGGACUUAUGUCACCCAGGUGAAUUUGUUCAGCAAAGAUGAAAGUGGAAACGGUGGAGGAUCUAUUCAGACAAUAUCCACGUCUAGCAAGAGGAAAGCUGCUGGUAGUAUGCCGAUCACAAAAUUUAUGAAAAAAGCUAAGACUUUGGAAGCAGUCAGUGAUAUAACACUGGAAUCAGAUGGCUUUCAAGCAGACACUGAAGAGGAUGAAGAUGAUGACGAUGAUGAAGAUGGUUCAAUUGUGGACGAAAUUGAAAAAGAGAACAUGGCCAGAUCCCCAUGCAGUAUGGAGGUAUCCCUGAAUGAAGAAGCAGCUCAUGCUACGUAACAAGCUUCAAAAUGCGAUGUAAAUAUCUUGCUGUAUACAUAGGUUAACAUAUCUAUAAACACAUUGUGAAAACCUUUGUUAAAAAAAAAUAAAAAAAAUUAUACAGCUGUAACUAACUAGAACUACAGCUGAUAAAUCACCAAGAACUCUUAAUAGGAAUGUUGUUUUUCUAAUAAAGCAGAAUUUAAAAUGUAAAAUAUAUAA